AGUGGCGUCAAAAAACAAAACUUCAGUACUUAAAAAUAAUGUAAAAAUUACAAAAAAGCUGAAAUAAAAUUUUAAUGUCAAAGAUAUUUUGUAAGGACAUUACUUUGGGGAACUUGUCCUUAAGUCUAAAUUGUACAGAGCCGUGUUGUGUUAUAAUAAUAUAAAGUAGGGGUGUGCAAGCCGGGUGUGUUGGGGUGAGGGGUCAGGGGUGGCGCAUGAGCGCGCCACGUCAUUGCCGCGGCAGUCUCGGGCCGCGCCACACGCCGCUCGGCCGCGCUCGCGUCGCUCGGCUCGGCGCCAACAUGGACGCUCUACUCGCGGCUCUCGUGGCCCUCAUGGCUCUCGCGGCAGCCAUGGCCGCCGUACUCAGCACGCUCUCCAAAGCGGCAAUAUUCGCGCUCCUAGCCGUCGCGCCCUGCAUCUACCGCUACAGGAAACACAUCUACAUCCUCAUCAAAACCCUACCGAGAGACCUCAAAUUCCUAUGGCGCUACGCGAACGGCAUGAUCCGGUCGAAGCGCUGGGGCCGGCAGGACGCCACCGUGGCCGAGCUGUUCACGCGGCGCGCGGAGAGGCACCCCGACGCGCCCUGCUUCAUCGUGGUGGGCGACCGCACCUGGACCUUCAAGGAGAUAGCGGCAAAGUCCAACCAAGUAUCGCGCGUAAUGCAGGAGCAACUCUCCCUGAAGCGAGGCGACGUGGUGUGCGUGUUCAUGCCGAACUGCGCCGAGUACGUGUGGACGUGGCUGGGCGUGGCCAAGUUGGGCGGAGUGUCGGCGCUCAUCAACAGCAACCUGAGGCACAAGCCGCUGCUGCACUGCAUCCAGGUGGCGAAGGCGAAAGCGGUCGUGUUCUCGGAUGCGCUGGCUGAUUCAAUCGCCGAGAUCCGAGACCAGCUGCCCCCAGAACUCAAGCUGUUCCAGCUCUACGGCACCCCCAGCGCCGGGGUCAUCAACCUCGCGGCCGAGAUGGAGAAGCACCCUCCCAUCUACCCCUUCGUCACGGAGAAACUCCACUACAAGGACACCCUCCUCUAUAUCUACACUUCCGGCACCACGGGCAUGCCUAAAGCGGCCGUACUGCCAAACUCCAAGUACCUGCUAGUCAUGGUGGCCACCGUACACAUGUUAGGCCUCAAGUCCACGGACCGCAUGUACAACAGCCUGCCUCUGUACCACACGGCGGGCGGCGUGGUGGGCACGGGCGCGGCGCUGGUAGACGGGAUCCCGUCGGUGCUGAGGCCCAAGUUCUCGGCUUCUAAUUAUUGGACGGACUGUUUGAAGUAUGAGUGCACGGUGGCGCAAUACAUCGGCGAGAUGUGCCGCUACCUGCUGGCGCAGCCGCCGCGGCCCACGGACGCUCAGCACCGCGUCCGCAUCAUGGUGGGCAACGGCAUGCGCCCCGCCAUCUGGCAGCAGUUCGUGCAGAGGUUCAAGGUAUCCCAGAUAAAUGAAAUUUAUGGAGCCACCGAGGGCAAUGCUAACAUAAUAAACGUGGACAACACACUCGGAGCAGUCGGGUUCCUGCCGAAGCUGUUACCCCAGAGUCUGCUGCCCAUCGCGCUGGUGCGGGCCGACGAACAGGGGCAGCUGCUGCGCGGGCCCGACGGGUUCUGCAUGCGCUGCCAGCCGAACGAGCCGGGCAUGUUCAUCGGGCUGAUCGCUCAGGGUAAUGCGUCCAGAGAGUACUACGGAUAUGUAGACAAGACGGACAGCAACAAGAAGCUGAUGCGCGACAUAUUCGCUAAGGGCGACGCGGCGUUCAUCAGCGGAGACAUCCUCGUGGCGGACGAGCUCGGCUACCUGUACUUCCGCGACCGCACCGGAGACACCUACAAGUGGAAGGGUGAGAACGUGGCGACGGCGGAGGUGGAGGACGCGAUGGCGGGCGCGCUCGACCAGCGAUCGUCAGUUGUCUACGGCGUCUCGAUCCCCCAAACCGAAGGCCGCGCGGGCAUGGCGGCCAUAGCGGACCCGGCGCGCGGGCUGGACCUGGCGCGGCUGGCGAGCCACCUCGACGACUCGCUGCCGUCGUACGCGCGGCCGCUGUUCCUCAGGAUACUUAAUGAUAUUGAGAUCACUGGCACAUUCAAGCUGAAGAAAAUGCAAUACCAGAAGGAGGGCUUCGACCCGGAAGUCAUAAAGGACCCGCUUUACUUCAGGGCGGGCGGCGGAGCCUUCGAGCCCAUCACCGCCCAGCUCUUUAACGACAUCUGCAACGGGAGGGUCAAACUCUAAACCAAAUACGCGCGAGUGUGGAAGCACCUUAAAUACAAAGUGAAUGUUUCUAAAGAGUUCAGAUUAAAGUUCAAACUGUAUGUAGGUAAGGGACGCGUUCUCAUUUUCCCAUCAUAAAUGUUAUUAAACUAUUUGUAGGUACGCAUGUACUUGUAUAGAAAUUAAAUAGAGUUUGUCUCAGAAGUUGCAAAAGAGUAGAUUCGCACGAAUGGCUGUGAGGGAUGUGCGGACGCGUAACUUUACUAAAAUAUACCUUCAAAAUCUCAUGCUUGACAGAAACCAGACGAGGCCUAGAACAAAUUAAGAUAUCCACUAUAAAGAUAAA